AGCGCUUCUGGCGGUUGAUACACGAGUGUAGUCCAGUACUCAUUCAUUCAUCCUACAUAUAUGUACAUAUAUACUUGAGACAUAUAUAUGUACAUAUAUAUCGGAUAGUUGAGUAGUCUGAGUACGCAACAUCUACAUACGAUAGAUAGCGAGUAGGUAUCAUCACAUCUAAGCCUAAAAGUGUUUAGCAGUCGGACUCUCACACCAGCGCAGCACCAGCGCAUCAGCACACGGGCACUGCACGCACACAGUGAAGGCGCACACGGACUCAUACAUUAGUGCCGCGGUAAUGUCGGGAAGUGACAGCCCAACGUUUUUUCACGGCCAACCUUGGUCCAGCUGGAUCGAAAGAAUCGGCAGAGACAAGCCACUGAGUGAUGAGGAACCAGAAGCUGAACCAGCGAGCUCCGUUACUCGCCUCUCGGCAGAUGACAUUGAUCUCUAUGGAUUCUGCCCGGAGAGAGACACAUUCUAUGGCGUCGUCUGCGAAAUUUGCAAUGCUAUCGUCAAACCUCAGGCUCUCAUUCAACAUAUGGAGAGCCGACAUUCAUCAGGAACAGUCAACUUACCACCGCCAUCAACACCAGCGUCUAAAACCCCCGUGAAAACCCCAUAUUGCAAAGUCUCGAAGCUCACAAAAAAGGGUCAGCCUACGACGCCCUCCUCGGCAGGGACCGCCGCCGGCGGGGGGACUAGUUCAAACACGAGCAAUUCGAAAAUCAACCACUCGUCUGUCAAAAGAAACGCCGAGCAAGCGAACCUCCAGCAACCGGCGUUGGCAAACGCGUCGCCACGGUCUCCGCUUGAGCCAAUCGGGAUCUCCGGGAACUCAUCAGUCAGCGGGGUGCCCUCCAGUCCUGUCAAAAGCCCCGGCAGCAACGGGAACAGCAACAGCAGCAACAACGGCGCCGCGGCAAACUCGAUCGGCACGUCUGCGUCCGCGACAGGGCCUGGCCAGAGGCGGAAACGUCUCAAAGCAGACCGCGGGCUCGUCAAAGACCGCGAGUACGACCCGGACAGGCACUGCGGGGUCUGGAUCGAAGACUCGGGGAAAACCUGCACCAGGUCCCUCACCUGCAAGGCUCACACGGUCUCGUUGCGCAGAACAGUCAUCGGUCGGAGCAAAAGCUUCGACAAGCUCCUCGCAGAUCAUCGGGCUUCGAAGGAGCUCCCGAAUAGGACACCGAAAGUAACCGUCACUGGGACCGUCACCGUAUCCACGGCUUCUGUGUCCGCAUUGACCGGAAGUUCCGGGGCGACUGCUGGUGUUGGUGCUGUUGGAACCACCGCCGACACAGAUGCUCCUGGUUCACCGCCUGUUUUAUCUCUGCCGGACACUUAUCCACUGCCAAAGGCUGUUGAUUUGCUUUAUCGGUGUCUGGCCCCGCAUGGCUCCACUAAACCUACUAAACUGGAAGAGGAUUUUGCGAAUGAGGAAUUAAGACUGGAGGCCUCAAGGUCAGCUGCUGCCACUGCUGCCACGGCAUCCUCAUCCCCGUCAACUGCCCCAUCAUCAGCGUCAACCACAUCCAAGUCAAUGCUGCCGCCAAUAUCCGUGGUCCUGCCGUCCCUGUCGCCGUUGGCCAACGACACGCCUCAACACAUAGCAACACUCAUUCCCGUCACCUCGAGUCUCUCCUCGGUUGUUUCAGCGUCGCUGGCGGCUCCCCAAGCCCAGCUGCCCAGUACCGUGCUCGAGGGAGAGACCACUGGGGAUGACGAGUCCGAGAGCAUGACUCUCUACUCGCCAGUCUCAAUCUUCAAAGACACAAAGUCCCAGGUUGUCAUGCAAGUCCCUCGAUCCAACAACACCAUCACCGCCAACAACUCCAUCAGCAACAGCACCAGCUUGCUCCAGUCGCCUGUGCAACACCAGUCAUCAGCAGCAACAGCAUCAUCGUCCAGAAACAGUUAUCAAGGCUCGUCGAUGCCCAGUCUUGCAUUCGAUGACCAACUGGAGCACCCCAAGCUCGCCAACGGCAAAAGGCUCAACAACAACACCAACAGCAACAGCAACAUCAACACGAACCAUAAUAAUUCUCUUCUUCUCAGUCCCAUUGGCAGUAGCAGCAGCAGCAGGUCCUCCAAGCGUAGCAAGCAUGACUACCAGGCGGAAUUCCCUAGAGCUAUCCAGGUAGAAGCAACCACAACUUCUACGCCCUUCUCAUCACACUUCAGUGAUAUCGCCUGGUCAAAUUGCCAUCCGGAACCUCUCGCGGUCAGCCGCUGGCUCCGUAUCACCUCCAGCCGUAAGCAGUACAACUUCAAUAUUCACUGACAUAAGAUCCCACCCACUCCGGGCUGAGGACUCGAACGUGCAGCUGCUGAUAAUGAUGACCGUAUGCCUUGUUUGCUUCUUCGCCAGUUACUGCAGUGCCGAGUCCAAAGCCCGUCGAGUGGGGUCACUAACAUUCGUCAUAAUCAUAACAAUCAUCAACUCUAGCUUUUUUUUUUUUUUUUUUUUUUCAAUUAUCGCUAUCACUACUAUCAAUAUUCAAGAGUUUUAAAUUCAAAUUAAAAUAACUUUUUAACAAAUGACGAUUGAAUUGAUUUCUUCCGGGCUUUUUUUAAAAUUAUUAUUGGGAUUUAGUGACUUUUAAUUCGCAAAAAAAAUUAUUUUAAAUGUGCAUGACUGCUGUAUAUAAUCACGGCUUAGAUUGUUUUUUAAUAAUGUAAAUAUUUAUUAUUAUUAUUAUUAUUUUUAUUAAAUUGACACUAGGAGUUAGUUACGAGUAAAAAUUACGUCGCGAAACAUUCGUAUUAGAUGUUUAUAUUUUUUUAUUAUUAAUGUGAUCUCUUUGUUUUUUUUUUGUCUCUGUCAUUAAUUAUGCACGCGGAUUAGUAUAAAUUAAUAAUAUUAAAUUUUUUUUACUUUAAAUGAGUACGGGUAUUAAAUAAUUAACAAAAACACUCCAUUUUUAAAAAAACUUACAUAUAAUUUAAUUAAAAUUGCAUUUACGUUAAAAAAUUAUUAUUAUUAUUUAAUUAUUAAAAAUAAUUGCAUCGAAUUAAUAAUUAACCGCCUAAAAAUUUUAACACUUAUAAUUUAUAACUUACGUAUAACAAAAAUAUAUAAUUAGAUAUAAUUAUACAUAAAUUAAAUAUUCGAGGCUAUUUGUUUGUAAUUAAAUUAAAUAAUAAUAAUAAUAAUAAUAAUGUAUAAUUAUAUCUAGUUAUUAAUCAGUCUAAUUAAUAUUAAGGUAUCUUAAUAUUAAUCACAAAUAAAUCGAACAAACAAUUAAGAAAAUUAAGUCCAUUCAUAAUUAACGAUUAACGAGUAUUAGUUAUUGCUAGUAUUCAUUUAAUAAAUAUGUCCCGUGUGAAUUAUUAUUAUUAUUAUAUUUAAUUAUAAAUGCUCAAUAAAAAUAGACGAAUGGCAAUAACGUCAAACAUAUAAAUAAAUAUAUCCCACACGUUAAGUCAAGUCAGUUAUGUAUGUAAAAUAAUUUAUAAUAACAGUAGUGUUUGUAAUUAUUAAUUAUAUUAAUUAUUGUUAAUCUAAGACUGCUCCUGUCCGUGUCUUUUUUUUUUUAAUUGCAAAGACACUUAUUUUUAUUCGUACGCUUUAACAUAUGUGUAUACUCUUUUAUCAAAGUUAGAAUGAUAUUAUUAUAUUUGAUUUAUUGUUUAGUUAUAUUUUAAUUAUUAUAUGUAUAGAUAUGUAAUGUGUGUUAAAUUUAAUCUGAGACCUUUGGGUUUUUACAAAUACCUCGAUAAAUCUUUGCCUCAUAAUAAAUAAUUUUUUAUUUCGCGUGAAUGAAAAGAGACGGAAAAGUUUUAAAAGAAUAAGGGAUUUUUGAAAAGUCGGGUUAUAAUUAUUUUAUUUCUGAUGUAAAAGCGGAUUAAAAUAAAAUGGCGGGGUUUCAAAACUUGCAAACAAUCCGCCAGAGUUGGAAAUGGCGGUAGCGAUACAAAGUUAUAACUUUGAACCUCAAAAUUUUUGAAAUUCUUUUGGAAAAGUAGAGCGCGACUUUGAAAUUUAUUUCACGUGAAUGAGAAGCGACGGAAAAUUAUAAAAAAAUUAAUUAUGUAAGAGUCAGGCUCUAGUUGUUCAAUGUUUAGUGUAAAUGCGGGUAAAAAAAUGGCGGGGUUUUGAAACUCGGAAACAAUCCGCCAGAGUUAAAAAUGGCGGUAGUGGUAAAAAGUUUAAACUGAACCUAAAAAUUUAUAAAACAAUUUUGGAAAAGUGGAGCUAGACUUUUAUAUGAUUGAAAAAAAAGGUAUAACCGAGUAAUUUCCUCAUAGAUUGUGAUAUUUAUGCGUAAUGUAGGAUACUGAGGAAAAAUAGGCUAAAAAAUGUCCCUGCUGUUGAUUUUUCAGAGUUACGUGCUUCCUUGUACACUUUUAUUAAUUUAAUUAAACAACUAAUUCCUCUUGUUCAAAAUCUAAACUGACUCUCUGAAAAUCAACGAGGUUAGAAAUGAAAAAAAUUGCUAAACUUGCCACUUAAAGUUGAAUUUAUGAGCAGUUGGGCAGCUUUACUUAAAAAUUAAAGUGUUCAGUGACAUUUUUAUUUAUAAAACUUUGUAAAUCCGGUGUAAAGUACAAGACUCGUCGGUAAAAUUAUUUUAUUAAAUUAAAAAAAAAAAAAAUAUGCUUGUGUUAAAUUUAAUCGGCGAGUUUUGUCUAUUUGUUUACUAAUUACUUUGUUUGUUAUAAAAAGUACAAUUAAGAUGAGUGAGAUAUUCCAAAUAAUUGUGCAUCUGUAGUCUAAUCGUAUUGGUAGUACAUGUAGAAUUAUUAUUAUUAUUA